AUGAAAGAAGAGGAGAGAUAUAAUGAAAUUAGCUAUAGGAAAAAAGAGUCCGAGUGGGAGGCUCUUGUGCGCGCAACGUGUGUCACAAAACACAUAAAGUCGCUGGACGUGUGGAACUUUCUCGACAACUUCCAAGUGAGCCUGGCCAAGAAAAAGUAUCUGGUGGUGGGGCUGCAGGGCGUGAUUCUGUACUCGACAAUAACCCAGCCCGAGCACAGAGUGGACCACCUGGUGCAGUAUGAGGUGGAGGGCACGACGUGCACACACUUUGUGACGUUUCGGCCAAUGCUGCAGGACUUCUUCGAAAUGGUCUCGAGAUGGUACACGAUCAUCCUGUACACGAGCAUGGAGAAAGAGUUUGCUGACGGAGUUGCCGACUACUUGGAGAGAAGGGGGAGCAUAUUUGAAAAGAGGCUGUACAGAUCAGACUGCGACUAUCUGGACGGCAAGCUGCUGAAAGACCUUGAGAAGGUCUCCAAGGAUCCCGCUUCCAUCGUUGUUCUGGACUACGACUUUGGAAUGCACACUAACAUCCUUCCCAUAGACAUGUACACCGGAUGCCCCAAGGACAGAAACCUUCUUUCCACAAUACUCAUACUGGACAGCCUGCGGUUUUGCUCUGACUUCAGAAGCAUUUUGGAGCUUGCACACAUGUAG